UAGAAAAAAAAUAAUGGUGUCAUCGCUAGCUAGAUAGCUUUGUAUGGCAAACUCCUGCAGAAAAAUCAAUUUUUCCAAAUUGUAAACACGAUGACAGACAAAAAGAGGAUCCCUCAUCGAAAUUAAGAGAUUCAACCAUGCCCAGCUCAUAUUUGUUCGCCGCCAGCAGCGAGGGACGCGUCUACACGCUGUCCACCAGCUCAGGAGCCUGGCGCGAACUUCCCUACCUGGGUUUGGAGUUCAAGAAGAUCUGCGCCGUGCCCAACUUUCUGUGGGCCAUCGGCGGCGACCGCCAGGUUUACGUGCAUGUCCACGGAUUGGACGUGCCUAUCCGGAUUCGGGAGGAGUCAUACGAAAACGAGCGCUGGCUGCCGAUUGAGGGAUUCUCGAAAACACUACUCCCAACGGAUCGUUACAAGUAUUCGUCCGCGGAUGGAAGUGUGGAGCGUGGCGUGGACAAGAUUCGGCUGCCCUCCAUGGCCUGGCAGUGGGACGGUGAUUGGCACCUAGACCUGGAGCUCGAUGGACAGCCGCUGCCCGAGGAUGGUUGGAUGUACGCACUCGACUUUCCUGCCACGUAUUCGGCAAAGAAGUCCUGGAAUUCCUAUGUGCGAAGACGCAAGUGGGUGAGGUAUAGGAGGUACGCCGCCCUAAAUAGUUGGUGUGCCGUGGCGCCACUUCACAAGGAUCCUACCCAGGAACCCUUCAUUGAUGUGGCCAUCGGUGGCACCUGUGUUCCCAACGCUCCCGCCGGAACUUUAUGCGUCUGGGCCAUCACUGCUCAUGGCAGGGCAAUGUUCCGCACGGGGGUGUCGAAAACGGCGCCAGAAGGACUGCGCUGGACAGCUGUGCCCACGCCAACGGGUAGCGAACUCUCACAGAUUAGCGUGGGACCCACUGGAUUGGUCUGGGCAGUUCUCUACAACGGACGGGUAAUUGUCCGCACUGGAGUAACUCGCGAUAACCUCGUUGGUGAUUCCUGGCUGGAUGUCAAGACCCCAGUGGCAAACGGAAGCCUGCGCAUUGUUCAUGUUUCCGUGGGUACGGAUGCUGUGUGGUGUGUUACCAAUGAUCACCACGCCUGGUUUAGAAGAGGAAUCAAGGGUGAGGCGGCCGGCAUUAGCGAGGAUUCGGCAAUAGGCAAGGGCUGGGUGGAAAUGGUGGGCAACAUUUCCAUGAUCUCCGUGGCGGCCAAUGAUCAGGUCUUUGCCGUCGGAGCUGCUGACCGUUGUUUGUACCUCCGCUCUGGUGUGACUUCCGCCGAUCCCACAGGAAAAAAAUGGCGCCUUAUUCAGUGCCCCAUGCAAAUCAGCCGCACUUCCAGCUCACUCUCGAUUGUUUCUCGCAAAAGUGGUGGCAGCAGCUCAACGCCUGGCUCAAAGCACCAAAGCUUCUCGAAUCUGUACUCCAAGGAGAAGGAAAAGGGCGUGGUGGAGACCUGCGCCGUGAUAGAAACCGUGCUUAACAGUUCCACCGGUUCCUUUUCCAGCAAUGGAGGUCCACCUGGUCUUCUCAAGAACGAACGUUGGAAACUGAGUGCGGACUCACCUCCGACAAUAGGAAGCUUGAACUUAAAUGAUCGUCACAAGCAGCGAACUGCAGCUCUGCGUGAGACCUCGCACGCUUCCAGUGCUCCCGCAGCGGAUGUAGUGGAGAUCACCGGAAAGUUUGAGACACAGUUGAGGAAUCCCCGAGCCUGGUCGCCUGUCCGAAGUGUUGGCUCUGUUGUGGGAACUGAAGCGCAUCCCGAGAGCGAUUCAACAGUAUUCGAGUCGGACUCUACGCACCACGGGUCGGAUGUGUUUUUGGGCGAGGAUGACGACCAUACUGGUUCGCAGUUUUGGACCGAAUGUGGCAUACUUUGGAGCUGUGUUGCCCCAGGAGCGGUGACUGUGGACGUCGGCAAUAUGCCCAAUUGGUUUAACGAGCAGUUGACGAGCGACAGUAAAGUUGAUGUGAAUGCCAAUUGGCGAAAGGAUAUUCUAAGCAAGCUACAGCGGCGGCAGGAGAAACUCGCCAAGCUGCAGACGGUGGCCAAGUUCGAAAAGGCAGUGGAGCUUUCUUCGUGGGUGAAAUCAGCAGAUGCUCGCUACCAGCGACCGGGAGGCGAGUUCGAGGAUUGCAUUAUCGAGCUUGAGUGGGUAAGCAGCGGCAGUGGAACGAGUGGAAGCGAGACCUCCCGAUCCGGCGAUUCUGGCACUUUUACGGUGCUCAGUCCGGAUGGGGCAGCCACUAAGAUUCAGUUCCCCCUAUCGGACAUCACAUGUGUACAAUGCUGCAGUGAAGCAGGCGCACCUCGAAUUGCCAUUCAUGCACCCCACUUGCCUGUAAACUGCUCACCCGUUAGGCUGCAGUUCUCCAGCGACUCGGAGAUGGAGGAUUGGCUGUCCCAUUUGUCGUCUGUGUGCAGCCAAAUCAACACACUGGUGGGCAAACCGGCCAGUAAUGCCAUCUGGCUGACCAGCGAACUAGGCGAUGUGUUUGUCUUCGAUGCGGCCACCAUGAAAGCGCAACAGACAACUGAACCUGGUGAGGGAUAUAUGGAGAAGAUGGACGUUUCCACAUGCGAAACUCCCUACUACAAUACACUUUACAACGGAAUGCCCUGUGGUACUGAAUUGGAGAUUUCUGGUUGUGUGUACGACGAUGCUGACCAGAUUCGCUUCGACUUGCAAUCACAUUCCACCGUUAAAGUCCAGCCGCAUCGUGUGGAGAAGCAUCGAGUGAUUGCUCUCCACCUGAAUCCUCGUUUCAACGAACGCACCACGGUCCUCAAUUCAAUGAAGGAAUCCGAAUGGCUAGAUGAAAUCCGAAAUGACAAAAUGGCAUUUGCGCCAGGAGCGACUUUUACGUUAAAGAUAAGGGCUCUGCAGGAUCACUACCUGAUGAUAGUUAACAAUGCCGUUUACACCGAUUAUAAGUACCGCAUCGAUCCGGAGAGCGUGACUCGACUUUAUGUUAGUGGUCGCAUCAAGCUCUUCAGCGUGCUGUACCGCUGUCCAUCGCUUAUUGUGUCCAUGGAGCGAAUGCACUGGCGGCAAAUGGGCGGUCACAUAAAGCGCAUUUUCAACAGCGGUGUGGAUGUGGUCUGGGGCAUUUCCUGUGACAACACCGGUUGGGUUUACAACGGCGGCUGGGGCGGCAUGUUCCUAAAGGGUCUGGAGGGUUCCGGCAAGAUAAACCCGAUGAUUGACACGCACACCUAUUAUGUGUACGAGAACCAGCGAUGGAAUCCCAUUAGUGGCUUUACGGCAAAGAGUUUGCCCACGGACAGGCACAUGUGGAGCGAUGCCACUGGACGGCAGAAGCGCAGUAAGGAGCACACGAAGCUGCUGUCCACGCACUGCGAAUGGAUCUCCGAUUGGGCAAUUGACUACAACAUUCCCGGAGGCGCGGACAAGGAGGGCUGGCAAUAUGCCAUUGACUUUCCGGCCAACUAUCAUGCCCAUAAAAAGCUCACGGAUUGCGUACGCCGGCGCAGAUGGAUGAAGCGAUGUCGUCUCACUAGCAGUGGACCUUGGCAGGAACUUAGCCAGUCUAAGAUCCUCGAUGCUGCCCUGCAGGUUUUGGACCAAGAUGCGGAUAGUGGCUUGGGUGAGGUAAACACAGCUGUGGCCGCCUGGGCAAUCGCCUCCAAUGGCGAUGUCCUAAUACGACACGGCGUGUGCAGCUUAAAUCCUCGAGGAGAAUCCUGGGAACACAUAACGAGCGACCAGCCGCUCGUCGGGAUCAGCGUAGGUCCUACUGGUCAAGUCUGGACUGUCGCGCGCAACGGCAUGGUGUUCUUCCGUUACGGAAUCAGCAGGCAGAAUCCUUGCGGCGAUGCCUGGCAGCAGGUGGAGGCUCCUGCGGGCGUGACCUUCAAGGCGAUAAGCGUGGGACGCGCUGGAAUUUGGGCGCUGGACAACCAUCAGCGCUUGGCUGUGCGAAAGGAGAUCUCAAGAACCUUCCCCGAAGGUUCUCACUGGCAGUUCCUGCCCAAUGCCGCCAAUGUGCCGCCGCACACGGAGCAGCACUGUGGCUUCCGGUCGGUGUCCGUCGGCUCCGAGGUGUGGGCCAUAUCCCUCAAUGGCAUCAUUUGCAGGCGCAGCGGGAUUACAAAGGAGAAUCCUGCUGGAGUGGGAUGGAACCUUGGCAUUGCGGGCCAGUGGCAAAAUGUUUCGGUCGAAGGAUACAUGUAAAGGACUUUAUUACAUUUGCGGACAUUCCAGUUUGUUGUAUACACAUUUAUAAUCUUUUUUGAUUAUGCCAACGCUAUUCCAAAGUAUUUGAAAAGAAGUUAUUCCUAUAAGCUAUUUACAUAUUAAAAAUGUAUUUAUUUCUACCUUGUAAUAAUUUAUGUUUAAUCAAAUAUUUAUGCCAUACGCUUAAGUUAAACAAUUUGAACAGAAACAAGUGUGCAAGCUGUCGUGAUUAUAUAUUUAUUAAUAAUCCCAAGAAUAAAAGUAUUUAUGUGACAAAGGAAUUUUUAAAUUUAAAAUAAUUACAUUUUUGCGGCAAAAAGGUCUUGGUAUAUUUCGAUCUAAAAUAGGUGGUAUAUUAAUGACACUUUUGGGACUGCCAACUUGUUCUUUAAGAUUUUAUUCAAGACGAUCUACGGGCACACUAAUGUUUUCCCGAAAAAACCAAAACAACUUGUUUAUUCCAUGCUAAAGUCGUCUUAAAUAAAAAUUAAACACUUAAGAAGAUAGUUAACUUUCUAAAACUAUGUCUGACUAUGACCACGCCCGUAUUAAGAAAUUAGUCUUGAAGGGCGAAAAGCACAA